AGGCAACUUACAACAUGAACGACCUAAAAGGUCAACUGAGCCCGCUCGAACAACCGAGCUCGAAGAGAGAACCAAAUUUGUCGAAAUGGCAAUGGGUAAAAUCCUUGCCCGCCUGAUCCCUGAUGACCCCCUGAUUCCCUUGUUGAAUAGGGAUGCACAGCCAACUGCAGUUGUUGCAACUCGAAACUCUUCCGCUCUGAGCAAUAUAGUAGUGCCGACCAAGCCAAGGGGAAAUGGGAAGCUAAAUAACGAGCCCAGCUCGUCCAAACAUAGUGAAGAAUUGAUGAGAAAGAAUGUAGACCUUGAAAGACAGCUGUGGGAUGUGCAAAAAUCCAUUGACGAGCUGAAAAGCCCCAGGUCACACCAACAGACCCUUGACUUGGAUAGUGCUCCAUUGAACCUAUCCAUCACAGCAGAACCGUAUCAAGAGGGAUUCAAAAUUCCCCACCUGGAGACGUAUGAUGGCUCAGGUGACCCAGAUGAACAUCUGCACACCUAUCAAGCUAUCAUGAGAAUCCAAAACGCCAAUGAUGCCAUGAUGUGCAAAGUGUUUCCAGCGACACUAAAGUCAAAAGCCAGGAGAUGGUAUCACAAACUCCUGAGACAUUCUAUAGACUCAUAUUACCAGCUCACCAAGCUAUUCUCCAACAAAUUUGCGAGUCAGAGGGAGAUCAAACGCACAGUGACCGAGCUGAUGCAAGUUCAUCAGAGGGAAGGGGAAUCUCUGAAGGACUACAUGCAGCGAUUCAAUAAAGCCACUUUAGACAUUGAUAACGUCCCUGAUACCAUCUGCUUGUCUGUUUUGCUGCAUGGUUUAAAGCGUGGCCAGUUCCUAGACGACCUGCUAGAAAACCCACCGAAGACGUGGAACGAAGUGAAUGACAAGUCUCAAAUCUUGGCACAAAUCCAGCACUGGAUUAGAAGACCCUCACCCCCACUGCAUGAUUCCCCAAGGGUAGACAAGAGCAAGCAUUGUGACUACCAUCGUACUUAUGGUCACAACACAGAAGACUGCCAACACUUGAAGGACGAGCUGGAGUUCUUAGCUCGCAAUGGGAAGUUGGAAGGAUAUGUGCAGAAGCCUUAUACCCAGAAACCAUCUCAAACGCACUUUGUGCAAGGAUAUGACCGACCCAAUGGGCAAAGGUAUCAGCUCGGCGGAACACAAGAUGUGAAUGGGGUAGGCUAUGCUGGGAUACCCUCGACCUCGGGCACAAUAAACAUGAUCUCGGGUGGUAUACACUCUGGAGGCCAAAGCGCUCGAGGUCGUAAAGCAUAUGCCCGACAGGUGAUGACCGUCAACAAGAACAGACCUUUGAAGCGGCCAUUCGAGGAGGCAGAGUGGGAGAAUGCGCCUAUUACAUUCAGCCCGGUAGAUUACAAGCGAGCAGAAGGAGAGCUCGACGUUAUGAUGCCCCAUGGAGAUCCUUUCGUGGCAACAGUUCAUAUAGGCAAUCAUAACGUCAACAAAGUGUUUAUCGAUACUGGUAGCUCGCCAGAUAUCUUAUACUGGAGUUGUUUUCAAAAGAUGCAGCUGAAUUCGAGCUCGCUGCAGAAGUAUGAAGGGCCCAUAUAUGGUUUUGACAACCAGCCCAUCCCAGUGGAGGGAGUAAUUACACUUCCCAUUUAUGUGGGUUCAGAACCAUGCUUCAGGAUAGCUUUAGUCAGCUUCCUGGUCGUCAAAAUGGAGUCGGCCUUCAAUGCCAUACUAGGAAGAGCCACCCUCUGUGAGCUGAAAGCUGUUAUUUCUCAACCCCAUCUCUGUUUUGAAAAUCACAGGCCAACCCAACUCGGUCAGCAAACAAUGAGCAUAUCAGAUGUCGAACACCGACCUGAAGGUGUCGAGCAGAAGGCUGAGCCAGUAGAACCGAUGGAAAGAUCGGCAGAAAGAUGCCUCUCGUUCUUCAAAGCCUUGCGAGAGCCCAAGAACUUUCAAUGGACCAAUGAGUGUCAGCGGGCGUUUGACGAGCUCAAACAAUAUCUGGUAUCAGCACCACUACUGUCCAAGCCUGUGGAAGGGGAGAGUUUAUAUGUGUACCUGGGGGUUACAGAAGAGGCGGUGAGCUCAGUCCUACUUAGGGAAGAGAAUAAGAAUCAGAAGCCCAUCUGCUAUGUGAGCAAGAUUUUACAAGGUGCCAAACAAAACUACCCACUAGUAGAAAAGGCUGCUUUUGCCUUGAAGCUGGAACUCUCUGGUUGGCUUAUCGGGUGGAGCGUCGAGUUGAGCAAGUAUGACCUCAAAUUUCAGCCGCGCACAACCAUAAAGGGCCAGACUAUGGCAGACUUCCUGGCGGAGUGCAUCUUGACAACUGCGGAAGAAAAGGCGCCUGAGCACCCAGUUUGGGUCUUGUAUGUUGAUGGAGCUGCUAACGUUGAAGGAUUGGGUUCUGGGGCUGUGUUAGUGGGCCCGGGUGGCUUUAAAUCCGAACACGCACUAAGGUUUAAGUUUCAAACAACUAAUAAUGCUGUAGAAUAUGAAGCCCUCAUUUACGGAUUGAAGUUAGCGUCCGAGCUGAAGGUACAGAGCAUUCAAGUUUUUAGUGACUCUCAGCUCGUUGUGGGCCAGGUGAAAGGCAGCUGUGAAAUUAAGGAUCCCCAGCUUGGUCGCUAUGCCUCUGUGGUCAACAGGUUUAAGUCAAGAUUUGCUUCCUUCCAGAUCGACAAGAUACCCAGAGCAGAUAACCAACGAGCUGACGAGCUAUCAAAAUUAGCCUCCUCAGCGGCACAUUUCACUUUGUUAGAUAACCAGCUCUACAAACGAGCAGCCUCAAUGCCCCUAUUACGCUGCCUUACUCCUUAUGAAGCUGAAUAUGCUGUGAGGGAAGUUCAUGAAGGAGUAUGUGGCACGCACAUCGAUGGUAGGACUUUAGCUCAGAAACUCCUGAGGCACAGUUAUUACUGGCCUACUAUGGUUGAGGACGCACAAAACUAUGUCAAAAAGUGCUCGACCUGCCAGUUCAAUGCUGAUGAUAUCCACAUGCCAUGAGAAAUGCUCUCAUCACUCUCAUUUCCCUGGCCUUUCGCUCAAUGGGGAGUUGACCUGCUCGGCCCUUUUGUGAAAGGCAAAGGAGGUUGCACUUACCUCGUUGUUGCAGUGGACUAUUUCACCAAAUGAAUAGAAGCUAAACCAUUGU